CACAGCAGUCAGUAGUUGUCCAGCCCUCGAGUUUCCCCUGCCUUCCACCUCCUGCUCUUCACGCUUCCAGAGCUGUUGCAGCUAUGGUGGCGGUGCGCAGGCCUUGGCCCGCCAUGGUCGCCGUGCUGCUGGUGCUGCUGGCCUGCUUGGGAGCCCUGGUGGACGCCUACCCCGCCAAACCCGAGGCUCCGGGCGAAGACGCCUCCCCCGAGGAGCUGAGCCGCUACUACGCCUCCCUCCGCCACUACCUGAACCUGGUCACCCGGCAGCGGUAUGGGAAGAGAGAAGUCCCGGAAGCUCUGUUCUCCAAACUGCUCUUCAGGGAUGACAGCGAGAACCUCCCCAUCAAGUCUCGGCCAGAGGGUGUCUACCCCUGGUGAAGCCCGCAGAGGCUCCUGAGAGAUGCGCUAACCACAUCAGCUUCACUUGCAUAUCUGGUUCCAAGAGGGGACGUCCUACCUUGGCGACCUGGGUGCCCACGCUGGAGGGCUGUGUGUGUUUAUUUCCCUGUCCCCGAAUAAAAAGCAAACU